AUGAUGCGAGUUUUGGACAUAAUGGAUGGAUACAAUUGGCGACCCCCAGAUUUCAACUCCCCGGCACUUCAAGAAAUAUGGGCUGAACUUCCUUCUGUUUCUAGAAUCUUCAGCAGGCAGAAUGACCGAAUUAUUUGGGCUGCCACCUCUUGUGGAAAGUUCUCCACCAAAAAAAAACUGCCUGGGAGUCCAUUAGGACUAAACUCCCCAAGACACGGGGUUCUCCAUCUUGAUCAUUGUGUUCUAUGCCAAGAUGCGCAGGUUGAAACAAUUCACCACUUAUUUGUUGAUUGUGAAUAUAGUCAGCGUAUUUGGGUGCAUAUCUUAGGGAAGAACAGGCUGAAAUUCCCGAGGGUGCUUAACUGGGGACAGGCCAAACAUUGGUUUUGUGCUCACUUCAGGGGAAAUGAUUUAGUUGGUCGUAUUCGAGCUGAAUUAAAGAUUCCAGCAGUAACCUAUCACAAGUGGGAACCUCCUCCUUUGGGUACUGUUGCUGUAAACUGUGACGGCUCGUUGAGAAAUAGACUUGGAGUCUCUGGUUAUGUACUAAGAAAGAAUUUUAUGAAUGUGCUACAGGAGAAAUCGAAUUAA